AUCCGGGCAAUUAUUUUUCUCCAUAUUACUAUGGUCUAUGGGUAAUUGUUUUAGACCACAUAUCAUAUUUUAAAAAAGAAAAAGUAUAUGAAAUUCUGAUUUCUAAUAAAAACCUUCUUUUCUUUUUCUUUUUCAAAAUUGAUAUAUUUAAGGGUGGAGAGGGGAGGAGGAUGCAAGCGGUAGCAGUACAGCACCACUUGGGAAUUAGGCGGCAGUGGAUAAGGAGGAUCCUUUCAUCAUCAUCAUCACCAUCAUCAUCACCAUCAUCCCACUCACCUCCUCCUCUUCCUGCUGCUACUUCUUCUUCUGCUAAUCGUAUUUCCAUAUCAUCAUCGUCAUCAUCAUCAUCAUCCAUGGCAUCCGCAUCUCCACUCAACAACAACAGCAGGUGGGCUCAGAAAACCAUAACCAUCCCCCCUCUUCCACGGGGCUGCCACCUCCUUACCUCUAAGAUUCUGAAAGAAAUAGGGCAUGAUCUCUCUUCAUUCAAAUGCGGCCUUGCUCAUCUUUUUUUGCAACAUACCAGUGCUUCUCUGACCAUCAAUGAAAAUUAUGACUCAGAUGUUCGAGAGGACACCGAGACAUUUCUGAGCACCAUUGUUCCAGAGGGCAAUUCUGCUCCUUGGAAACAUACGCUGGAAGGUCCUGAUGACAUGCCUGCUCACAUUAAGUCAUCAAUGUUUGGUUGUUCCCUCAUGAUACCCAUAACAGAUGGAAAGCUAAACAUGGGGACAUGGCAGGGAAUAUGGCUUUGUGAGCACCGCGAUGAAGCUACCCCACGCAGAAUUGUCAUCACCCUUAAUGGAAUAGGUAUGUGAGUGCAAAUGCAAAUGCCAGCCUGAGGCCACUCUCUCAAAUGCCAGAACUGUCAAACAAACAUCACCAGAUGUGUUAUGUGUACCCACAUUUUGUUUGCAAAGCUCAGAUCUUGGGAUUCAAGGAAUUAUCUAUUGAAUUAUAAAAUGUAAAAGUAAAAAAAUGCCUACUCAUGUUUGAACGGUUGGUCAAAAACACGCCAAGAGGUGCAAAUAUAUCCCAAAUGUCUGUCAAAAUAUGAAGUUUGAAUCUCUAAACAGUCUGCGCUUCUUUAAUUAUUGAA